CUUAAUAGUCCCAAAAAGUUUAUAUAAAUGUUUAUUUAUCAUGUUUGAAAAUUAUUUAUUGUCCCAUCAUAGAGAAGAUUUGCUCGAAGUCUUAAAAAACCCAGAUAACACGAAGCAUUACUCAAUUGAUGUGAAUUUUUUAGAGUUGCUCGGACGUAAAAUAGAGCUAGGAAAUCAACUUCUUAAUAAUCCCGAGGAUACGCUCGAAGAAUGGGAGGAUGCGGCUCUAUCCGCUCAAUCAGCAUUACUCCGUGAAAUAGAUGAAGAAUGUGAAAUAAAAGAUAAAAUUCAUUGUCGCAUACAUUGUUUGGCCCAUUUAGGCAAGCAGUACAUUUUCCCGGGGAAUAAAGAAGUCGGAAGGUUUUGGCAAAUACAAGGUACAGUUACACGCAUUUCCGCCCCGAAAUGCCUCGAAUAUCAACGAAAGUACAUUUGUGCUAAAUGCAAAACACCCAUUGUUGUUGGAGCAGAUUUUGCUCGUAAAUACCAAAUAGAACCACCCGUACGAUGUGAAAAUUCCAAUGAAGGUUGCAACAGCACCAAAUUUCUGAGCUUUGGCAAUUUGAACAGCGAAAACUGCAAAGACUACCAAGAAAUUAAGGUUCAAGAGUUGGUUAAGAAAUUAGAAUUUGGUUCGAUACCGAGCACCAUGAAAGUUACAUUAGAAGAUGAUUUGGUCAACAGUUGUCAACCAGGAGAUGAUGUUACCAUUUGUGGAAUAGUAAAGAGACAAUGGGGCGAAUUGAUACUAGGAAAAUCCAUCGAGAUCGAUUUAGUUUUUAAGGCGAAUCACUUACAAGUCGCUUCAAAUAUCAGUUCUUUUCUAACACUAACUCGAGAUAUGGAAAACGUGUUUGAAGAAUUUUGGAAUAAUUACAAGCACAAUCCUUUGGAGGGAAGAGACGUCAUAUUGAAAUCGUUUUGUCCAGAAUUGUAUGGUUUAUAUCCUACCAAACUAGCAAUGGCUGUUGUAUUAGCAGGCGGAUGUCCAAUAGAAAUUACCAAUUUAACAGAAGUCCACACUAGAUCUGAAGCGCAUUUAUUGUUAAUAGGUGAUCCUGGCACAGGAAAAUCGCAUAUGCUUAGAUUUGCUUCAAAACUCAUUCCCAGAUCUAUUUUAACUACAGGAAUUGGAUCGACGGCUGCUGGACUGACAGUGACCGCUUUAAAAGAAAAUGGCGAAUGGCAAAUGGACGCUGGUGCUUUAGUAUUAGCCGAUGGCGGAAUAUGUUGCAUAGACGAGUUUAAUUCGAUGAAAGAACACGAUAGAACGACCAUACACGAAGCCAUGGAACAGCAAACCAUUAGCGUUGCUAAAGCCAGUAUCGUGUGUAAACUGAAUACAAGAUGUUCGAUAUUGGCCGCUUGCAAUCCAAAAGGUAACAUCGAUUUGAUGCAACCGUUAUCGAUGAACGUGGCGCUUCCGAGUCCGCUUUUGAGCCGUUUCGAUUUGGUAUAUCUUCUAAAAGACACCGUUAAUGAGGAGUGGGAUGAAAAAGUCGUUGAUUUUAUAUUGAACGAUGGAAAUCAAUGUUCAAAGUUAACAGAGUCGAAACAUUGGUCUCUAAGCCAUCUACAAACCUAUUUCCGUUUGAUAAAAACAUUAAAGCCGAAAUUAACGGACGAGGCUAGAUCGAUACUAAAUAAUUAUUACAAUAUUCAGCGAAGAUUGACAUGCAGAAAUAAAGCCAGGACUACUGUUAGGCUAUUGGAAAGUCUUGUCAGAUUAUCACAGGGCCACGCCAGAUUGAUGUGUCAUAAGAACGUCGAAAUAAUAGACAGUGUCUUCGCCGUAUUUUUAGUUGAUACAUCGAUGGAUAUGGAAACUUCCAUUUUCAAUUUAAAUGUAGCAGCUAUUUCAACAUUUCCUGAACAUCCAAAGAUGACCUACUAUCACUUACUGGAGACAAUAUCUGAUAAACUUCAAGCGCAUGAUAUUCUACAGAAAGAGAUGGAUAGUUUACAAUUUAGGGGAGAAACAGUUUUACAAUCCAGGUUUUUUGCUACCGAAAGGAACCAAAAAGAGGAUCAAAAUUACCAUAAUGACAAUGUUGUAAAGGAAACGGAAAUAAAUAAUUUCGGUGGUGAAAUAAAUAAUGUACAGAGGGUUGAAAUAGUUGAAGAAAAAGAAAGAAACGAAUUAUUGAUAGAAAAUGAAAAUGAAAUUAUCGAUAAAACAAAAUUAAUGACAAGUAAUCUGGACAUGUUGAAUUGCAUAAAAGGUGCUAGUGAUGAUUUAGAAGUAGACUGGAAUAUGGAAUGGGACAAAAACAGUGAAAGUUCUAAAGUAACGCAAUCCAAUGAUUGUGAAAUUACUAAUUCAACCAAUACCAGUACAUCGAGUUUACCAAGUAGUUCAAACAAUAAUAAACAUUCGAAAAAAUUUGGAAAAUUUUGGAAUAUGGAUGAUUCUGAUUUCGAUAUUGAUCUUUAAUGAUUAUUGUUGAUUUAACAUAAAAAUAUUUAAAUGUGAAACUAUAAUAAGUAUACAAUCGAUUUGUCUGAAGAUACAAUUUUUAUUUUAUAUGAAUAUGCUUCGUUUCC